UUUAUUUUGUUAUGGACAAUUUGGGAUGAUGAAAUAGAAGAAUGCAAUGAUAUUUCAGAAGAAAAAUUUUCUAAAAUUUUUACUUUACGAGGAAGAUAUGAUGAAAAAUUAUUAGAAGAAUAUGAUGGUGCUUUUAAUGAUCCUAUUGUGUUAAAGGAUGAUAUACGAGAUUUAAAAGAUCCGAUAUGUAUAUCUUUGAUGAAAUUAUGCUAUGAAUUAGAAGAUAAUAGAAGUGAAAAAUUUAUUAAAAAGAUUAUGAAUGAGAUGAAAUUUUGGAUUUUUGCAUCGAUAAAAGAAAAUAAUAAUGUUGUUGAAUAUAGGAAUUUAGGAAAAUAUCAAUCAUUUAAAAAUUAUUUGAUGAUACGUAAAUAUACUAUUGGUAUAAUUCCGUGUUUAUCUCUUAUGGAAAAUGUAAUUGGAUAUGAGAUUGAUUCUGAUAUUUUUAAUUAUCCUUCUUUGAAAAGGAUUCGUUAUAUUGCUUGUGUUUUGUUUAGUUUGACUAAUGAUGCAUUUGGUUUUUGGAAAGAUAUCAAGAAUAAUUGGGUGAAUUCUAUAAUAGCGAUUUCACAAGAAAAUAGUAUUAGUUUUGAAGAAGCUGGUAAAAAAACUGUUAGAUAUCAUAAUGAGUUAGUAAAGGAGUUUGAUAUAUUAGUAGAUUCAUUGAGUCAAUAUUAUGAUUUUAAAGUUAAGAAAUGGAUACAAUCUGUGAGGGAAUUGAUUAGGGGACUUGCUGAAUCUGGAUUGAGAAAUAAAAGAUAUUUUCAAGAUAGAAAUAAUAAUGAUAAGAAAUUUAAUAUGGAAUUUUCCAUAAGAUACUAUUAA